UCUAGCUACGCGCGCCGUACGUAUCGUAAGAGUAUUACAGUCCGACAGUCCGUCGAGUAAACCACGACGCCGACACGAGGACGUACAUCCAAUAAAAAUUACGUUAUUUUAUAUUAUAUUAUAUAUUUACUGUAUGUUCGUAGAAUAAAAACGCCAAUUUCCGUGUAGUGAUUGAUUCAGCAUAUUAAAUUUUACACCGUCUCCGUUGUUGAUCUAUUUAAAUUAUUAUUAUUGAAUUUUUUUAUUUUUAAUUUACCGUGUAUUUUUUUUUUCAAUAUUUGAUACUUUUUGUUAGUAGUUUUUUUCGAUUAGAACAGUUUUUUUUUUUUAAUUGAGAUCGUACCUUUUUUCAUCCGCGUGCGUUAUGCCACAUUCUCAAUGAUGAUAAUAUUAUUGUGAUACGAUAUUGUAGAUAUAUAUAGUGCAUCAAGACUCGAAGAUUUGCUGCAGACAUGCGCUCGAGGCGAUUGAUGCACACGUGCUACAACUGCAGUAGUCGGUAGAUAUAGAACACCCCGAAGAAGAAUGACACGUCAAUUACCGUCAUGAACUUUCAUUCAGUCGCUGAGCUAUUGCCAUGGAUGUUGUUGCUAUUUUCCUCGACCGGCUUCACAUCUCCCGUUCAAAACAAGGAAUUCGAUUGCAAAGGUCGAGUGGAACGAUGCGAGAGGAAGAAGGCGGCCGCCAGGAGACCAGUGUGCGGCACUGACAAUAUUAGCUACCCGAGUAGAUGCGCCUUGCUGCGAGUCCGAUGCUUUAACGACUCGCUGUUGCGUGUUAAGCAUCGGGGACGAUGCAAAGAAAAGCAACCCUGUUGGGUGGAUCAUACAACGAAAUCAGUUGAUCCAACACGAACACCGGACUCGUAUAUGCCCCGAUGCAAAGCAGACGGCACAUAUUUCCGGAUUCAAUGCCAUAAAAAGGAAGGAUAUUGUUGGUGUGUAACACCUGCAGGAAAAGUAGUGUCCAACACCAUUGUUCGAGGACAAAAGCCCAAAUGUGAUAACGGCAGAGGUAAAUGGCGAAGAGGUUCUUUGCAGAAAGGAGGUAAUCACAGAAGAGAAUGCAGUAAAAACGAUAAAGCAAUAUUUGUCAAUAAUUUAGUCAGAAUAUUCAAAACGGAAUAUAAUCGAGAACAAUACGCAGCAUUAAUGAAUGCAGGUGACCGUUCUCUGUUGGAUCCGACUACGUUGGACAAACGAGCAUUUGAAUGGAAAUUCAAUACUUUGGACACAGAUAAAAACGAAAGCCUUACUAAAAUAGAAUACAGAGAGCUAAAAAGACUAAUUCGCAAAGUGGUCAGGCCCAAGAGAUGUUCCAGGACGUUUAUUCGUUCAUGUGACGCAGACCAUAACAACGAAGUGUCAAAAAUCGAGUGGACAAAUUGUUUGUCGAAUGACGAGACAUUGGGCAAAAAGUCAUCGACAACCUCGACUACGACGACGACCACCACUACUACUACGACCACCACUACAACCACAGAAAUCCCCUCGUCAGAAGACUACGAAGACAAGGAAGACGGUGGAAUCGGACUUGAGGAAGCCGAUCCUGAAGACAUACUACAAGAAAGCGUAGCUACGCUUAGUGGUACUCUUCCAGGUUUAAUGGCCGAAGGCGACCAAGAGGAAGAGGCUGAAGUUAACGAUUGUUUAAUGGACAGGCAGGAAGCAUUAGAUGAUCCAUCGACUUCAUCUCAUAAGUACAUACCAGAAUGUACAACAGAUGGAAGGUAUAAACGUGUUCAGUGUUACAAAUCAGUUGGUUAUUGUUGGUGCGCACAAGAAGACACCGGAAAACCAAUACCAGGAACCUCAGUGAAAGAUUCUAAUCCUAAGUGUGAUGGUAUUCCUUUACUUUCCCGGCCAAUGAAAGGCUGCCCUGAGCAUAAAAAACAUAUUUUUUUAAAAGAACUUAUGGAUUACCUAAAACAAAAACACAGUAAAAACGAUAAUACGUCAUUUUCUAAUGACUAUGAAUCAAUAAUCUCAGACAUUUUUCAUUCUUUGGAUACAAAUCAUAAUAAAGUGUUGGAGCGUAAAGAAUGGAAGAGUUUUCGCGAAGAAAUGGCAGCAAACAACAAACUAAAAAGAUGCGGAAAAAAAAUGCCUCGACAUUGUGAUGUAAAUCAUGAUAAUAAAAUCGGCUUUACUGAAUGGUUGAACUGUUUAAAUGUUAACCAUGUUCAGACUCAAACACAACCGAAUGAAUCCAGCACAACAAUAAUUGCUAAAAGAAGAGGUCCUAAUCCACUUGAAUCAUAUCUUAAGGGUGAUGACUAAACCAAACAGCAGACAGUUUUGUUCUGAAAUGAAUAAAAAUCAAUAGAAUACAGCAAAAUUAAUUUUUAUUAAGACUGUUUGUAAAUCAUGAUUUAACAGCUUGAUCAUACUAUUACUAUUAUAUUUCAUAUAUAACAUAUAUACUGUAUAUUAUAUAAACUUUUUUUCUGAAAAUACUAUAUUGCUUUUUUAAUAUUAUAAUAUAUAUAUAUUUUUUU